AUGAAAAGCCGAUAUUUCAUUCUCAUAUUUAUGAACCUAUUUCCUCUAGCAUUUUCCGACGAUUCGAUUUACGGAUGCUCUACAGAAGACCUCCAACUUACUGUUACAUGCCGUCCGAAAGUCAACCAACUUACCGAAGAAAUGAAAAAGAAUCCGUUGAAUGCUGGUUUCCCAUCUGUCGAAACUCUCCAGAAGAUGUCAGGAUACUGUAAGGAAGCAAUGGCGUGUGUGAAGCCAGCCAAAUGUGAUGCGAUAAAAAAUAGGAUGAGCAAAUUUUCGGGAAUGUGUGAGACCAUUGAUUUCAUGAAGGGACCAUACGCUCAGUGUGCAGCUAAACUCAAAGCCAGCAAAGACAAAACCGAAUGCAGUCAAUGGUACUUCAGUGACAAGUCUAGGAUGUCCACUGAACAAAAGUGUGCUCAAUACAAAGCCAAGAAAUCGUGCAUCGAGAAAGAUUUUGGCAAUUUGUGUGGAGAUUCUACUCUGAAAAGUUUCCGUGAGAACCAAGGCUACGUAUCGAAGUUUGUUGGGUGCCCGGUUUACUAA